AUGGGAUGGCUGAGAUUACCAUCUACACUUACUUCCCGCCCAAAGAGUGAGCUUCCAACUUACCCACGUCUCCCUUCUAUUCUAUCUUUAUCUUUUUCUUCUCAUCUUCCUGCCUGCCCACGUCUCCCAUCCCUUCUAUCUUUAUCCCUCUCCCUUCUCUGUUCUCACCCACUCAUUCCCUCUUUAUCUCUCUCUCCCUCCCGUUCUUCUUCUCCUAUACCCAGUGUGCCAAGUUCUGCAAGGCCUGUUCUUCUCCGGCCUGUUCUUCUCCGGUAUUUUCUGAGUCACACGGUUGGAGGUAUACUAGACAGAGCCAUUGAAGUAGAGGACAAAAAACAUGGAGAUUUAUUGAGGUUGGAUCAUGUUGAGGGCUACCUUGAAAUGUAA